UUUCAUACGAGUCGCUGGCCAAGUAACUGCUGGCAGCGCAUGAGAACAGCGCUGUAACUGAGCUGGCCAAAGAUGUCGAACGAUGCACUACCUCAGCUGCUGCAGAGUGGACUGUCUUUCUAAGCGCCUUGCCGACCGCGGGCUUCAUCUGGCUGCGGCUAGCCGCGCGUCGGGGGUUGCGUGAGCUGCUGUGAGGAAUUUGUGCACAACAGGGGGCAGGGCAUGGCGGAUCGCCUGCCGCUGCUGCGGCCACGGUUCGCCGCAGCGAGUGACGGUGUGGGCGCCCGCCUCACACUGCUCUUGGCCACGCUCAGCAUCAUAGACCUGCUGGGUGUGCUGCCCAUCAUCGUGCUGCCGAGGACCAUAGCCGAGUGUGGGUGGCUGGGUAUCCCUCUGACGCUGCUGGUGUUUACGCUGCAGAUCUACACGGCGCUGCUUCUGGGCCGCUGCUGGAUCAUCGCAGAGACUCUACAUCCGGAUAUCGUCUACGAGAGCAGGUAUCCAUAUGCGGCACUGGCUGAACUAUCCUACGGCCGCAAAUUUGGGAAGUUCGUGACCAUUCUGCUAGACCUCCACAUCUUCGGCAAUGCCGUACCUGAUCUGAUCGUGGCGGCAGAGAACCUGCAGCUGCUGGGCCUCAAGUCGUCCUCCUGGGAAUUCGACUUCUCCUUCUGCUACUGGACGGUCGUCCUGGGCAUCUGUCUCUGCCCCAUCACCUGGCUCGGCACACCCAGGGACACCAAAUGGGUGACGACACUAUCAGUGAUGCUGGUGGUGUCCUCUACGCUGCUGGUGUGGGCGUGUUUGGUCGCCAGCGGCGGCGAAUGGAGGCCCGUCCCACUUCCCGAUCCUGCCUGGGACUCUGUCGCUAUCGCAUACGGCGUUCUCGCCUUCCAGUUUGAUGUACAUCCACUAAUCCUUAGCGUGCAGAUGGAGAUGGACCGUAAGGACCAUCUCGGUUAUGCCAUCCUCGGAGCAUUCUUUGUGACGGGCGGCCUGUCGCUGGCGACGACGGGCGUGGUGCUGGCACGGUUCGGCGGUGCGGCGCGCGCCAACCUGCUGCAGGGGUUCGCGUCCAGCCCGCAGCUCUACCUGGCGCUGCUGCUCGCCACGGCGCAGCUCUGCCUGGCGCUUGUGCUGUCCGCCGCGCGCUGCUUCGGCGACAUCGAGGACAAGUUGGGCAUGCCACAAGGUUUCGGGUGGCAGCGCGCGCUGCUGCGCACGGCGCUGGUGGGCCUCGCGGUGCUGGCGGCGGAGGGCGUGCCGCGCUUCGACCUGCUGAUGGGGCUGGUGGGCGGCUCGCUGACGGCCCCGCUCAUGCUGCUGCUGCCGCCGCUCGUGUACGCGCGCUUGCGCGCCAUGCAGGACCAGGCGCGGCGCGUCCCGGCGCCCGACUACACCGCCACCGACGACAGCGUCGACGAGACGCUGCCGCCGGCUCCGCCACCUGUCGCCACUGCCGAGAGCGGUCUGCUGCGAGCGGCCGCGUGUCGCCUGCUGUCCCUGGAGGGAGCUUCGGAUGAGGGCCCCCUGUCUAUCUGGGAGACGCUGCUGGUCUCUUCUGUCGUCGUGGCGGGCAUCGCCGCGUCUCUGGCAGCCACCUACUUCAGCAUGCGCGACUCCAUCAACAUCGCCCAGUUCUCGCCGCCAUGUCUGCAGUAGCCAGUUGACCAUUUGGCUGGUCAGCAUCUUCCUUCCGGUGCCUGUUGCUGGCAGAACUCGUACUGCCUCUCCGUCCACUAACUUCGACUAGCUCUCAACACAAUCAUUGCAUAUUCCAUGUGGUUCAUCCGUGAGCAGUCGGGAGGAAACGGCGCAUCACUUCAUCAUAUUGCGUUCGCAGCUGCAUCCUGGUCAGUUCAGCGAAACACCUUAUUUUGGUUUUGCGUGGGACCGUACUCGAUCUGUAGUCAAGAGUUGCGAGCUUAUCGCGAGGAAUCAACUACCACAUCCACGUUGGUCGUGUCCUAGUUCACGUCGCUCGUCUCACCUGUGCUAUAAUUUUAUGUCCAUAAUCCUGUUAUACCCAGAAUAAGUCACUCUGGAGCAGAGUAUGAGCUGUUCCGUAAUCUGGUGCGACAUUAAUGCUUUGUGCUGUACCAGUAUUUUGCCUUUCAUGUCUAUUUCUCUUACUAAUUGAGAUGUCCAGCCAAGACCGACGACCCAACUUCAUACUUUCAGUUAUGUCAGUACCACUCACUUCGAGCCCCGCUGCAGUCUCUGUAAUGUUGUUCGUCAAGAGAGAAUUGCACACUGCCUGGCGAUUCACAAAAUAAUCCAAGCCAUCUGAAAACAAUGAAACUCCCUCUGCAUAACUGCUACAGUUUACAUCCAUUUUUGCCGGUAAUCUGAUGUAUGGACCGUGGUUCAAGCAAAGUAUAAUCGUCUUCCAUUGCUGGAGAGAUCAUCAGAGACUUUAAUGACUCAGAAAGCUAUUACACACUCAUACUAGCUCAGCAAGCGAAAUUGUUUGUAUGUAUUGCCGCAACGAUCGGUCCGUGCUAUCAUCAGGCAUUAUUCUCUCCCUCCCGAAAAUUUAUACCCCUCGCAUUCCAUUCCACUACCAAACUGCUGAUUCCUUGAUGACUCAGGGUGCAUCCUAUCAAUGGAUCCUUUCUUUUAGUAAAGGUGUGCAAUAAAUUUCUUAUUUCCCCAAUUUUCAACAUUCAUCUGUUGUACCACCUUUGAAAAGUUUCCAUUAUCUUCGUAUCUGAGUUGCUUGUCGUACACGUUUCACUUCCGUAAAAGUCUAAACUCUAGUCAAAUACCGUCAGAAAAAACUUCCUAACAGUUAAAAUUUUAUUCGAUGUUAAAUUUCUCUUUUUUAGAAAUGCUUUUCUCAAUAUUGCUAGUCUGCGUUCUAUAUCCUCAUUACUUUGACCAUCGUCAGUUAAUUUGCUGCUCAAAUAGAAAAAGUCAUCCACUACUUUUAAUGUCUCAUUUCCUACUCUAACUCUAUGAGGAUCGGCUGAUUUAAGUCAACUUCAUUCUAUUACACUUGUUGAUAUUCAUCGUAGAAACUGUUUUCAACUAACUAUCCAUUCCAAUCUUCUGUUCUUCCAAGUCUCUGAAAGAAUUACUUUGUCAUCGACAACGUAGAGUUUUUAUUUAUUCUUCCUGAACUUGAGUUCCAUUUCCAAUAUUUAUCUUGUUUUCCUUUAAUGCUCGCUCAGUGUACAGGCUGAAUAAUAUCGACGAGGGACUACAUUCAUUCUCAAUUACUGCUUUCCUUUAAUGUACAUCGAAUUCACUCUUGUUUCUGUAAGAUAUAUAUAUAUAUAUAUAUAACUUUUCACUAUCUGUGUUUUACCAUGAGAAUUUGAAAAGAAUAUAUUCCACUCAACAUUGUCAAAAGAUUUCUUUAGGUCUACAGUGCUACAAACAUAAGUUUGUCUUUCAUCAGUCUAUCUUAUUUGAAGGUGAGUAUGAUAUGUGUGUCUAAAUGGCUUUGGAACCCAAAAUGAUGUUGAUCCUCUCAGUGAGUGCAGACAUGCGCACAUUGAACUAUCUUCCAACCACAUCUGUAAAGAUGCCCUUACACAGAGUGUAUUACAACAUUACAAAUAUUUUUAAAACUACAGGAAGGGGCAGAUUUGGGGGAGUGGGCAGGGGGGGGGGGAGAGAUAUUCGGCUUGGGCGGGCGUUUCAAGAGACGAAAACAAGAUAAAAGGCAGCACAGAUGUGUACAUAAAUCAUUAGGUUCUAAAUUUUUAUUCAAACAACGACGUAUGAAAGUUCUAGCGUUAGAAACUUUUCAAGGAAGAUUCGAAAUGCCCUCCGUUCUCAUGCACACAAGCAAUCGUUGGUUCAUAGACUGUCGCACAUUUUCAGUUACCCUCAAGCAAUACUCAAUUGGCACUCCUACUGAAUUCACAUGUAAGAAACUGUUGUCCAUUACUGCAUUUACUCAGAGCUUGCGUCAACAAGAUGGCAGGCUACAAUCACCAAAUUUCAAUUUUUGUAAAAAUUUAUAGUUAAUCUUGUUUAUGAGCCGUGAUUUUCAAAGCCAACUUUGGUCCUCAUGUCUGUGGUUAUAUGAGGUUUUCGUUUCACUUUUUAGCGUCAUAAAUAAUACAAGUUAGGAACUAAACUAAGUCGAUAUGGUUAAAGAAUAUUGAUAGCUACCUAUUUCACGGAAACAAUGGUUGUAAUACUAGCGUAGUGACUAUUUUGUAUCAAUUUAACAAUUAUUUAUUGUAAAAUUGAAAUGUAUUACGUUCAGAAUAGAUUUGUCAGGGGCACAGUGCAAUCAUAUAAUAUUGUACGUUAUCUUAAGUUAAACCUACUGAAUAUUCUUAUAAUAAUGUACUGUUCAGAGAACACUGAGGUUACGAAUUCUACGUUGGUGUAGCCCUUAUUAUUCCUUGGGUCCAGAAUGCAAAAUUGUCAUGCUGUGUGCAUGGUAGGGAGCAUUGGUAUUAAGAAAUAGUGUGUACAAGUACUAAGGAUACCAAUAGGGUAUGAGCUACAAAUUCUUUGACUGGUGCUCCUGUUGUUUUCUGCCACAACACUGUAAUUUCUGAAGCAUUCAAGACGAGAUAUCCCACUUGCUAAUUUUGGGUAAGGAGCUGAAUACGUUGUGAGUAGUUCAAAACUUUUGAAAGGAAUCAGAAGGGUGAACUAUUGUGCAGUGUUUCUCAUUUAGCUAUGUGUCUCUAGUGAAACCAGUUCUUAGUUGAAGAUGGCCCAGUUUAUCACUUAUGUUCUUGUUGGGAUAUAAUUACAAAAAGUGUGUGAAUUGCAGCAAGUACUUCAGGUGUGCUUCGCUUCCUAAAGAUCAGUUUGAUUAAUGUGAGAUUUUUUUACAUGGACAAAGAAAUGUAUCCAACUUUAUGAUCUGUAGAAAUGAAAGAGUGUUUCACACAGUAGAGAAAAAUGUCAUUAAGACUGAAAUAAUGAUAACUAUAGCAACAUUUUUGUAUGUGCAUAAACCAGAAAUUCUAAAUGCACUUGGUAUCUGCUUAGCAUUCAUCGCACAAAACAAUGAGGCAGACAUUUUAGUGUAGUGUAUUAACAGUAAUUUUAAUGUAUCGUAUAUGAAUUGGUAAUGAGAAACUUCACCUGUCAUGGUGUCAAAGAAGAUACCGAAUGCAGGAUGGAGAAUCACUUGGAAAGCUCUCCAGAGCAAUGUUUCCAUAAGUGUCGUUCUCCAUACAAGCAUUCGAAAAUAAAUUUACCUUAACAUUUGUAAUUGUAUCAAUGCAAAGACUGUUUGAAGAAAUCGGCACGCAUUUAUUCACUGUGCCAAAUAUAUUGUCACUGCCCAGAAAUGUGUAUAUAGUCGUUGCCUAUUCAGUAUUUUGUCCUGUAAUUGACAUUAUCAUUGGAAAUUCAAAUAAUUGUUGUUUAUUUGUAAGAUUUGUUAGAGAAUGUGUUGUGUAGAUUUAUUUUGUUGUCUCUAUUUGUACAGUGCCUUGUUCCUUUAAUAAACACCAAUGAAGUGUUCUUCUGGUUGAUAAAUAGAAAGCAUAAAAAUGUGGUACUUUGAAUAAAUGAAUUCGAAUGUAAAAGAGACACAUGAUAUGAAAGUGUAUAUAGUCUAAGAAAAACAUGGAAAAUAAACGGACAAGAAAUGGAAGUAGA